AAUUACAAAUUAGUGUAAUUCACUGAACUUGCUAGCUAGCUCUCCAAUACAUCUACUGUACUCCUUUAUUGAUAACUUAUUUCAACAAAGUGACAAGGAAAAUCAAUGGGAAGACAGAAUAAUCAAAGUACUGCAGAUGCAACAUCUCAAGGUACGCAACACUUCAGCCAUCCACACAUUUUGAAACUUGUGAAUCCAUCUGAUCAAGUUAAAACACUCACUUGCAAUGCCUGUGAGCAACCAGACAACAAUAAGCCUAAUUUUCAUGGCUGCAAUAGAUGCCAAUAUUUCCUCCACGAAAACUGCUUUAACGCUCCGCGUUUUCUUAAUCAUUCAUCUCAUCCUUCCCACCCUUUGACCCUGCACCAAAUUCCGACUUACUCGAGUCGUUCCUAUACUUGCAAGGCUUGCGGCUCUGCUGGAAAUGGAUUUUGCUUUAGCUGUGCUUGUUGUGAAUUUGAUAUUCACUUGCAAUGUGCAUCUUGUCCAAGUUCGAUACUUGUUACCAAACACCCACAUCAAUUGGCGCUCCACUUUGGCUCUCCUUACGAAGAUAAGAAUAUGGCAUAUGUUUGUGAUGUCUGCACUGUAAUAAUGAACAAGGACGAUUGGUUGUACUAUUGUGCUGGUUGUGAUUUCGGGUCACACUUGAAGUGUGCAAUUACUCCUGAAGUUGGUGCUUUCCCCAAACAGCAGCGUCCAGUUCCAACUUCAAAUCCAAGUGCAAAUUCAAAUCCAAAUCCAACAGGGGAUACAAUAAAUGCAGUGAAUGAAGCUCAUGAACAGAUCAUCGCAGCUCAACUUCGUGCACAGAUUGAGGCACGAGGAAGAGAGGCUGCUCUGGACUUAUUCAGGCCAUCAGGAAGAAGAUACAUUACAAGGAAAUCAAUGGGAAGACAGAAUCAGACUACAAAUGGGACAUGUCAAGGUAAACAACACUUUAGCCAUCCCCACAUCUUGAAACUAAUUGUGAAUAAUCCAGCUGAAACACUCACUUGCAACGCUUGUGAGCAACCAAACAUUACUAAUAAGCCUAAUUUCUAUGGCUGCAAUAGUUGUCAAUAUUUCCUCCACGAAAACUGCCUCAACGCUCCUCGUUUUCUCAAUCAUUCUUCUCAUCCUUUUCACCACUUGACCCUUCUCCCAGUUCCUGCUUACUCAAGUGGUUCCUAUACUUGCAACGCUUGUGGCUCUGCUGGAAACGGAUUUUGCUUUAACUGUGCUUGUUGUGAAUUUGAUAUCCACUUGCAGUGCGCAUCUUGUCCAAGCUCGAUACUUGUUGACAAACACCCACAUCAAUUGGGGCUCCACUUCGGUUCUCCUUACGAAGAUAAGAGUAUCAUAUACAAUUGUGAUAUGUGCAAUGUGAUAAUGAACAAGAACGAUUGGCUGUACUAUUGCGUUGGUUGUGAUUUCGGGUCACACUUGCACUGUGCAAUAAUUAUUCCUGAAGUUGGUGUUUUCCCCAAACAACAGUGUCCAAUUCCAAAUCCAAGUCCAAAUCCAAAUCCAAAUCGAAAUACAAAUGCAACAUUGGAAAUGAUAAAUGCAGCAAAUGAAGCUCAUGAACAGAUUAUUGCAGCUCAAAUUCACAUGAAAUAUCAGCAUAACCAACAUUUCAGCCACCAUCAUAUUUUGAAAAAACUUGUUCUUGAUGACAGUGAGGAACUGCAAUGCCAAGCCUGCGAGCAACCCAUAUUUAAGCCCAUUCAUGGCUGCAUCUCUUGCAAUUUCUACCUCCAUGACAAUUGCCUCAACGCGCCCCGUUCUCUAGUGCACCCUUCUCACCAUUCUCACCCUUUAACCCUUCUUCCAACUCCCACUUAUUCGAGCCGAUCUUUUACUUGUAAUGCCUGUGGAUCUGAAGGAAGAUCAUGUAGCUUAAGCUGUGCUCAUUGCGAGUUUGAUUUGCACGUGCAAUGUGCCCUUUUGCCUCAAACUGUCUUACUUGGCCAACAUGACCAACAUGAACUCAAACUUAUAUUUGAUUCCCCUUUUGAUCAUGAGGACAAAAGCACCAUUUUUGUUUGUGAUCUGUGUCAUGGCAAGACAGAACCGAAUUAUUGGUUGUAUUAUUGUGCUGAAUGUGAUUUUGGAACACAUGUCGAAUGUGGCAUUUCCAAAUAUGUGAACAAACCAAAAGAAAAAGCGGUGAUCAUAGAACCAAAGGAAGAACCGGUCAUUAGCAUACCAACAAAAAGUUCAGUCAGGAAAACAGAGAAAAAAUCAGCCAAGAAUCCUAAAGAAAAUCCCAAAAUGAGGCCAGUAACAGAAAAUUCAGCAGAUACACCAGAAGAAAAUAAAGAAGGAGAAGAAAAUGCAGUGAUCAUGAAACCAAAGGAAGAACCAAACAAUGAACCAGUCACUAGUACACCAAGAAAAGGUCGAGUUAGGAAACCAGAGAAAAAAUCAGCAAAGAAUCCCAAAAUGAAGACAGUAUCACGAGAUGAAAAACUUGCAGAAAGUUCAGCAGACAAAUCACCAGAAGAAUAUGAAGAAGGAGAAGAAAAUGCAGGGAUCCUGAAACCAAAGGAAAAACCAAUCAAGACAACAAUUAAUGAACAAGUAAUUAGUGCACCAACAAAGAGUCCAGUUAGGAAAACAAAGAAAAAACCAGCCCAGAAUCCCAAAAUGAAGCCAGUAUCUGAAUUGGUGCCAGACGAAAACUCAGCAGACAAAUUACCAGAAGAAGGAGAAGAAGAGGAAUCGUCAGAAAUAUCAAAUUAUGAAGCACAGCGCAGAUUGAAGGAAGAACAUAUGGAACACAUGCUCAUGCUUCAAGCUCUGGAUAAUGCUGCAAGCUACAUUGGCCCCUCACGGGAUUAUUACUAUUAUUAAUGAAGAUGAACGUUCAGUAAUCAUGCCAAAACAGGAUUUCCCUUUGUUCGAAUAUUGGAAUUACAUGUUGCUUUGUAUUGAAUAUUGGAAUUAUAUGUUGUUUUGUAGUGUUAUUUCCUCUGUUUGAAUGGUGUUAUGUUUGUUAUCAUUCAGUAUA